AGUACAACGCCCCCACCUCUCGAUCCCGAUGCGACCUCUCUCUUUCCCCCAUCUCCCGUGCCGUCGUCGCCCUCAUCUCCCGCUCCGCUGCCGCCCCUGCUGCUCCGCCGGCCCGACCUCUUCAUCGGGCGCGGCUGCAGGAGCAUCUCCACCUCUCCACUCCCUCACGCAACAGCACUCCAACCCCCACCCCCACGCUCGGCUGCCGCUAGGGUUUCUUACCCUCGCUGCCCCGCCGCGAUAGCUUGAGAGUGCAGCCGGCGGCGGCGGCGAAGGCGGCUCCUCAGAGCGGGGACGCGUCUCCCGUCGAAAUCCAAGUCCGUUCGCGCGAGCUUCUCCUCCCCUCGAUCCGAUCUUCACCUUCGCUCAUGGUGGCCGUCAGCUGCCCUCCCGCCGGCGGCCAGCUUGACCCACAUGGCCCACCUCCUCCCCAUCGCGGCACUCUGCGCGGCACUUGUUGGCCACCGUUGGGCUUGCUUGCGGCGCACAGAUAGGGUCGCGCGCGACAGCUACAUCAUCGUUGGAUCUGCCCUUUCGUCCGACAGCGACCCCAACCCCAGCGCCCUCCUCCACCGCCUGCUUCCCCCACUCCCGCUUGACUCCACGGGCCGGUGGCGAUGCUCUGCCCGGAGAUCCGUGGAUCUGCGUCUGCCAGCCGCAUUUGGCCCUCCGUCCACUGUGCUCUGCCGGCCCUGGCUCGCGCCGGGGUGGCCCUUGGCUCGUCACCAGGCUCCUGUGUGGCUUGCUCUCGCACGCCUAGAUGCACCAUCGUCGGGUUCCCUGUUGCCCCUCUGAUAUGAUAAAUGCAUCCACCCCUCGCAUCCAUUGGCUUGGGUACCUGAUGGAUUUGGUCUGGUCCGCCUACAAAGAUGUUGGUUCCAUUGUUUGCACAUGUAUCCUGAUGCCGGUUUCUCGCCGUGGCUGUCAAGUACCGCCUCGUGAAGGAGUGGAGAAGACAACGUGCUCUGGUUCUCCUCCAGCAUGGUCAAAACAAUGGUGCCUUCACCCUUGCUCGUGCCUCAACCCACAUGGUCAUCUUUGAGACGUGGUAUUCAGUCACAUGACAGAGUUCUCUUUAUCCUUGAGGUCAGGUGCGGCAACUAGCGACAUGUGCUGGAGCUUCUGGCGGUGGCAUCACCUGCAUCAACCUCUCCCUGGUCGCCUUCGAGAGUGUGUGCGGCUGACCAUCAAGCUUGUUAUGACGCACUUUGAAUUUCUGAGCAAGUCGUAGCCUUUUCAGAUUCAUCAACACAGGUUACAUCAGUAGUCAAUAUGGUUCAGAUGCAUAAUAGUACGUACUUCAUUUCCUUUUUGUUGUGUACGGUGUCCUACAACAUGGAUCAUAUAUAUAUAUAUAUAUAUAUAUAUCGGUUAUCUUUCAGGUUCAGUUUGCUGUGGUGAAUUCUUCUUGAAUUUGUUGCAGCAAACUUGUGGUCAUGUAUGGUUUUUAGUUUUGUAAGCAUGCAUAGUUUAGAAGUUAGAAGCCUCGUUCAUGUAUUGUUCUAAACUGAAAGUUUAAGUGGCUUUUCCACCCAUGGUAUUGUGGUGGUCAUAAUAGCACACCUCACAAUUAUAGAUGGCCAGAUCUACAAGCCCUGAGAGGUGUGUUUUUUAGCCCCCUCUGUUUCUCCUGGGCAUCAAUCUAUGCACAACAAGCUCUUCAGUGCUUGAUGGCAAAUAAAGGUUGCAUCUUAGAUAGUUGCUUGAUUUGAAUGAGCCAUUUUGCUGUCAGCUAAACUGUUAAAAGUCAGAUGUAAGAUUAUGUUUCUUGGCACAUGAGUUAUUUUUCAGUCAACGCGUGGCGAGUCCACUUCGAACUGAUAUAUGCACUUUUUAUUUGAAACUGAACCACCAUGGUUUAAUUUUAUUUUCAUUUGGACAAGUUACCCCGAGUAUCAUCAGUUCAUGAUGACUGGUUUGGUGUGGUGAAUUGAUCCUGGUGUUGCUUUAAGAGUUUUUUAUGACACUGUCUUGUAAGGGAGUAAGGUCUGGUAUCUAUAUGGCUAUUAUUUUAUCUCUUACAGAUUGCCAUAUAUGACAUGCUAAUUGUUUUUAGCUCUUGAUAUAGUUAAACUUUUUUUUCCGAAACGAAGGCAAAAGAUUUGCCUCAUCCAUUAUAUGGGAGGAGAAUAGAGUUAAACUUUGGAUGCACCAGUGCCUGAUGCAUAUGUUUGUUUACUUGGUUUGAACUCUGAAUGAUAUGUUGUUAUCCUGAUUGCAUGCCUGAUGAGUUGGUUCUGCUGGUAUUUUGAGGAGGCAAGCUGUGGUUUUACUCCUGGCCCUGAGAAGGGUGAACUAGGCCAUAGCGAGGGCGCCUUCAGGAACAUCGAGUCAGGGUGCCUCACUUUCUAUUUCAAUCUGCGAGGUGCUAGAUGUGCUAUAAUUACUCAUAUGUUGGCUGGCAGACGUAUGAGCUUUGAUGAACCUAGCUUCAGGGUGAUACGUAUGAAGGAAAAGAGCCAGAGCAGCGCUUGGAUAAAAGUCAGUGCUGGAAUUUGUUUGGCAUAUGCGGAAAUCUUGGUAAAGGAUAAGGACGCACACGGCGGUGAGGUUAGUAGGGGCGUAACAAACGAGAAGGAAGGGCGUGGCAAUGGCCAUUCAUGUGUCAGACGAAAAUUGUACACCCACAUGUGUGACGAGGCUGGACUUGACAUAUGCAUCAACGAGCAUGGUGAUGAGGUGAGAGUUGGAAGCGUGGAUGUACUUGACAAGGAGCAAGUAGAUGCGAGCAAGCAUGGUGGGCAAUGUCGACGAUGUUCACGCGAAUGAGAAGACCAAAGAGGAAGGUGAUGCAUGCCUGUGCAUAUUUGUGGCGGAAUGGACAGUUUGUGGGUAAUUAGCCAGUGUCUUUGGACAGGUUGUCGACAGAUAAAAGUUCUAUAGUUUGGCUUGAGGAGUAACAUAGACAGGCAUGCUGGUGCUAUAAGGCUAUAUCUCUCUUCGUGGACAAGAGCAUACAAUGCUCAAGUUUCAUGGAAGUUUUUAAAUUCCAUUAUGAGGCUCAAUCUGAAAUAAAAUGGUGUCUUGCUUUACCAAACUCUUGAUGCGUCCGUGUUUCAACUUGUUAUGUUGUCCUUACCCUAACUUUUUCAUUCUUAGUUGUAAGAUACUACAUAUAUCUAAUGAUCCUCUGAGAAAGUAAUGAUCCUAUGGGAAAGGAACCCACAAAUUAUGUGGUUAGUGCU